AUGCCGAGUGAGCGACUAGUUCCUCCUCCGGCGGAGCAACGCUACGAUACUCCCUGGAGCUGCCCGGGCGCAGAGAUCUCUUCCAAGUGCCACAACGAGCUCCUACGAGACGGCAGCACGACGUCCUCCUCAUCGGCAGUGGCACCGCUGGCCCGCCUCGACGGCGCGCGCAAGGAGAUCGCCUUCCUCUACUGCGCCUUCUUCGCCUUCCACGCCGCCUCCGUCCUCCUCCUCUUCCUCUCCGCCUCCGUCGCCCCCCUGACCACCUCCCCGUCCUCCGCCUGCCGCCGCUCCUGGAUCCCCUGCCUCGUCUCGCUGCUCGCCUCCCUGGCCAUGCUCUGGGCGCUGCGGUACAAGGCCGACACGGAGGCCGUGCUGGAGCGGGUGCUGGCGCGGGAGCAGGAGGACGCCGCGCUGCUCGGCCGCUGCGUCGCCGAGCUCAAGCGCAAGGGGCUCGAGUUCGACCUGCUCAAGGAGGUGGACGCGCUGCGCAGGGCCAAGGCCCUCCGCGUCGAGGCCAAGGCCGGCACCGACGGGCCCAGGCGCUGGCCCGCCAGGGACCUCCCCGUCUUCGCCCUCUUCGGCGCCGCCUGCGGCGUCCUCGUGCUCACCAGAACUGUUUGUUCUGCGAAUUUUGAUGUCUGUAAUAAGGAUAAGAUCUGUUGCCGAUGCGUUUAG